CUGCAAUCUGCUCUGUGGCGUGUCAGAGCAAUUUAUCCUAAAUUGCUCAAUUUUUUAAGUCGAAGGAGGAUAUUUAUCCAUUCAUAUAGCUCUAGAGAUUUUUGAGUUGAAUGUGAUAAAGUUGAAAUAUGUUGCAUAGUUGAAUCAAAGCUGUCGAGUCUUCUAAACCCCUUUUAGUUUAAGAAAGUUUUUUUCCCCAUUUUUUCCCACCUAAGUCAGACUUUACAGCUACAUUUUUUUUUUCUAAGUUUUGUUCGGUCAAUGAUUUUGAUCCGGAUUUAUGAAAAUUUUAUGGUAAAAGUUUUGAAUUUAUCCAUAUUUUUUUAUUAAUUUAAAAUAUCGAAAUGUAAAGAACACAGAAAGCAUUUAUUAUUGCGUUGGAGAGGGAUCUCAGCUGGAGUCUCUUUCUUCUCUUUCGCUACUCUUUUCUUCCCCCUUUCCCUUCUCCAUACCACCUCACAUGGCCUCACUGCCGCUUGGGGCCCAUCAUCCGCCUCCGCAGCCCGAGCACGACGCCUUCAAUCCCACCGCCCCUCCCCGGAGCUCUCAGAUGGACGAGGGCAAGCAAGUUUCAGUUCCUGAGGAAAAUGAUGCAGUCACUGGUCAUAUAAUCUCCACCACCAUUGGAGGAAAGAAUGGUGAACCUAAGCAGACCAUUAGUUACAUGGCGGAGCGUGUUGUUGGAACUGGCUCAUUUGGGAUUGUAUUCCAGGCCAAAUGUCUGGAAACAGGAGAAACUGUUGCUAUAAAAAAGGUUUUGCAGGAUCGUAAAUACAAAAAUCGUGAGUUGCAGUUGAUGCGCUCAAUGGAUCAUUCAAAUGUGAUAUCUUUGAAGCAUUGUUUUUUCUCCACCACAAGCAAAGACGAACUUUUUCUCAAUCUGGUAAUGGAAUAUGUACCAGAAACUUUAUAUCGAGUUCUAAGACAUUACAGUAGUGUGAAUCAAAGGAUGCCACUUUUCUAUGUGAAGCUAUAUACGUAUCAGUUAUUUAGAGGUUUGGCUUAUAGUCAUACAGUUCCUGGUAUCUGUCAUAGAGAUGUAAAACCACAAAAUGUCUUGGUAGAUCCUCAUACUCACCAAGUCAAGCUAUGUGAUUUUGGAAGUGCAAAGGUUUUGGUCAAGGGUGAACCCAACAUUUCAUACAUUUGCUCUCGUUAUUAUCGUGCUCCAGAGCUUAUUUUUGGAGCAAUAGAAUAUGGAACAUCUAUUGAUAUUUGGUCAGCAGGAUGUGUCCUUGCUGAAUUGCUCCUUGGUCAGCCAUUGUUUCCGGGAGAAAGUGCAGUAGAUCAGCUUGUGGAAGUAAUUAAGGUUCUUGGAACUCCAACUCGGGAGGAAAUCCGGUGCAUGAAUCCUAACUAUACAGACUUUAGAUUUCCACAGAUAAAAGCUCAUCCAUGGCACAAGAUAUUCCAUAAAAGAAUGCCACCAGAGGCAAUAGACCUUACAUCUCGCCUUCUCCAAUACUCUCCAAAUUUUCGCUGUACCGCUUUGGAAGCAUGUGCUCAUCCUUUUUUUGAUGAACUAAGAGAACCAAAUGCAAGGCUGCCAAAUGGUCGUCCUCUGCCUCCUCUUUUUAACUUCAAGCAGGAGUUAGCAAGUGCAUCCCCAGAGCUCAUCCACAAAUUGAUUCCAGGACAUAUGAGGCGGUAACCUGGUUUCAGUUUCUAGCGGUUGCCUGCGAGAUAUUAAAAUUAUCUCCUUAGAAUAUUCUUAUCGAAAGCAAGUAAUCGACAAUGCAGUGUUCAUGCCAUGGUAAAGUCCAGUAAGGACACUCAGUGUGAGCUGCAAAACUGGAGCUGCUGAUGGGUUGUAUGAUGGAUUCCGAUAUCUUAUCCCUGCUUUUCAUUCUUUUGUAGUUUGUACAAGGUAGUUAAUAGAAUGAAUAUAAUGAUGUAGCUUAUGAUGGCUUGUAAAUUAUCUCUGCCUUGUAGAUUGUCCAAUGAAGGCUCAAACCCUGUUUAUUUGAUAAUGUCAAGUGUAUGGUAAGGUUGGAGAAUUGGGCGUAGUUCAUGUUUCUUUCUGUUUUAAUCCUUUCUUGUAUUGUAUAAAAUGUAUCAACUCAAGUUUGACAUUUUCUGCAUUUGGGGAAAA